AUGGAUUCUAAAUCCCAAGCCCCAACCAUCCUUUUACUUUCCCUCAUUUUCCUAUUCCUUGCUAUUGCUAAUUCUCAAUACGCACCCACCCCAACUCCUUGUACAUGUAUCGAAACUGGCCAACCCCCAUUCUCACCUCCUAGUAUUGGUGGAGGAGGCCAACCCUCUAUCCCACCUUCUGUUAGUGGCCAACCUCCUAAUUCCCCUAUCUCUCCUGGUAAUAGCAUACCGCCUAUCUCACCACCUAACACUAGUGGAAAUGGCCAACCACCCAUGUCACCUACGGGUAUUGGUCAACCCCCUAUUUCUCCCGGUAGUGGCCAACCACCUGGUGGUAUCUCACCUCAGGGUAGCGGCCAACCACCCCUAUCACCCGAUAGUAGUGGCCAGCCCCCUAUCUCACCCGGUAGUAGUGGCCAACCCCCUAUCUCACCCGGUAGUAGUGGAACACCACCUAGCAAUGAUGGCAGUAGCCAACCCCCUGUCUCACCUCAGGGUAGUGGCCAACCACCUAUCUCACCUGCAGGUAGUGGCCAAACCCCUAUCUCACCUUCGGUUGGUGGACAACCCCCUAUCCCAACUUCGGUUGGUGGACAACCCCCUAUCUCACCUUCGGUUGGUGCCCAACCCCUGAUCUCACCUUCGGGUGGUGCCCAACCCCCUAUCUCACCUUCCGGUUCUAGUCAACCUCCUAUCUUACCUUCGGGUGGUGGACAACCCCCUAUCUCACCUUCGGGUGGUGGCCAACCCCCUAUCUCACCUUCGGUUGGUGGCCAACCCCCUAUCUCACCUUCGGGUGGUGGCCAACCCCCUAUCUCACCUUCAGCUGGUGCUCAACCCCCUAUCUCACCUUCGGUUGGUGGCCAACCCCCUAUCUCACCUUCAGGUGGUGGCCAACCUCCUAUCUCACAUUCGGUUUCUGGUCAACCCCCUAUUGUACCUUCAGGUAAUGGUCAACCCACUGUUUCACCUUCAAGUGGUGACCAACCACCUAUCCCACCACCAGGUAGUGGUCAACCACCUGUCUCACCUGCGAGUAAUGGCCAACCCCCUAUGUCACCUUCAGGUGGUGGUCUGCCCCCUAUAGUACCUUCAGGUAAUGGUCAACCAAUCGUUUCACCUCCAAGUGGUGGCAGACCACCUAUCCUACAACCAAGUAGUGGUCCACCGCCUGUCUCACCUGCGAGUAAUAGCCAACCCACUAUCUCACCUCCGGGUAGUGGGCAACCCUCUUUGUCACCUCUAAGUAAUUGGCAAUGA